CAGCCUCCCCCUCUGAGACUCGGCCCCUCUGAGUCUACCGCUUAAAACAGUGGAGGACGGAGCCCCGUCCCCUCAGCCUUGGUCAUCAGCUGGUCCUGGGACACCAAAUCGACAAUGCCACCCUCCAUCGCGUGGGGCCUCCUCCUGCUGGCAGGCCUGUGCUGCCUGGCCCCAGCCUCCCUGGCUGAUGGUCCCCAGGGAGACGCUGCCCAGGACACAGGCGCAUCCCAGCACGAUCAGGUGGCGGCCAGCCACAAGAUCGCCCCGAACCUGGCUGACUUUGCCAUCAGCUUCUUCAGUCAGGUGGACAGGCACAACCACACCAACAUCUUCUUCUCCCCAGUGAGCAUCGCCGCGGCCUUGGCCAUGCUCUCGCUGGGGGCCAAGGGCGACACUCACACGCAGAUCCUCGAGGGCCUGCAUUUCAACCUCACUGAGAGAGCGGAGGCUGACAUCCACACAGGCUUCCAGGGUCUCCUCAAGACACUCAACCAGCCGGACAACCAGCUACAGCUGACCAGCAACGGCUUGUUCAUCAACGAGAGUGCGAAGCUGGUGGGUAAGUUUUUGGAGGAAAUCAAGACACUGUACCACUCAGAAGCCUUCUCCGUCAACUUCAGGGAUGCCAAAGCAGCCAAGAAACGGAUCAACGAUUAUGUAGAGAAGGGAACCCACGGGAAAAUUGUGGAUCUCGUCAAAGAGCUUAACGAAGACACCGUUGUUGCCCUGGUGAAUUACAUCUUCUUUAGAGGCAAAUGGGAGAAGCCCUUCGACUUGGACCAGACCGAGGAGGGGGACUUCCAUGUGGACGAGACCACCACGGUCAAGGUGCCCAUGAUGCACCGCCUGGGCAUGUUCGACCUGCACUAUUGCGAGCACAUGGCCAGCUGGGUGCUGCUCAUGGACUACAAGGGCAACGCCACCGCCUUCUUCGUCCUGCCCGACGAGGGGAAGAUGCAGCACAUGCGGCGCUCCUUCACCCCGGAAAUCCUCCUCAAGUUCCAGAAGAACAGAGCCCCCAGGUCUGCCGAUCUGUAUUUGCCCAAGCUGUCCAUUUCUGGAACCUACGAUCUGAAAACCGUCCUGGGCCAAAUGGGCGUCACCAAGGUCUUCAGUAAUGGGGCCGAGCUCUCGGGGAUCAGCGAGGAAGUGCCCCUGGCGCUCUCCAAGGCCCUGCACAAGGCUGAGCUGACCGUCGACGAGAGAGGGACAGAAGCUGCCGGGGCCACAGUCCUGGAAGCCAUUCCCAUGUCGGUUCCCCCAACUGUCAAGUUUGACAGGCCCUACUUCAUCAUCAUCUAUGACACAAUUACCCAGAGUCCCCUCUUUGUGGGGAAGGUGGUGAAUCCCUCCCAGAAAUAACCGCCUCUCUGGAUGAGCCCUCCCCUCCCAGGGCAGGUCCCCUCCCUAGGUGACAAUAAAGAAUGGCCGACCUGGCCC